UAGACUUGCACUGAAAAUAAAAAUUUAGAAAUUAUCGUUUAGUGAAUUUAAUGCUGUUGAAGGACAUCAAUGACUACAAUAUAAAAACAUAACCAAGAGUGACUGAACACAGUGGUGGUGCUGCCAAAAUUGUGAGCUCCCUGAAAUCAUCAACCUACUAGGUAGUCUACUUGACAAAAUGGUUCGCAUAUUAAGUAAUGGCGAGAUUGUUCAAGAUAAUGACCCUAGGCUUCAACAAAGAGGAAAUACAAAUGGAUCUCAACAACAGAGAAGGGGUUACAUAGAGCAUAAUGAUAAUGAAGAUGCCAUGAUGCAGGGGCAAGGUGGUGGCCAAAGAGGGAUGGGCUAUGCUCAAGGGCCUUCAAUGUUUGACACUCUUAACCAAAAACUCUUAAAUGCUGGAUUUCCACGCUGGAAUGCUGGACCAUAUGUAGUGGAGCCUCUAGUCUCAGUUGGACUGCUGGUCUUGUUCAUGAUGGCCGGGUUCCGUGGAUUAUUAUUUGGUGCUGUGUUAUUUAUGGUUUGUAAAUGGAGCACAAGUGGAGGAGGCGGAGGGGUUCAGGACUGGUUGGGUGGAGGAGGAGCUGCCCCCCAGGGACCAAGGCCUGGGGGAGGAGGAAACCCCCCUGGAAAUCGACCAGGGACAGGAGGUGGAGGAAACAGGCUGGGGAGAUAACAUUGCAAUAAGAUAGCUCAAAUGACAUUUUAGAUUAUUCUAUUUUUCAAUGCAAAGGAUAUCAGAUUUUUUAAAACAUCAUUUCCUACAUAAGCAUGUAUUUGAUUGAAUGUAGUGUUCCUACAGGCCAAGAAACAUGUGUAAUUAAUGCAAUAUCGAAGUUUAUCCAAUUUUUAUAGGGGGCAGACAAGCUUUGAUUUUGCAAUAGUUACACAUGUGAAAUUAAAUUGUAUUUUUCACCAUUAGCUUUUCUUUACUAAAGGAAUAACUUAAUUGAUAAAGAUGAGUUGAGAGCAU